CAACCGCAACCUCAAUUAAUUCAUUUGUACAAAACGCUUAUUCAACCCAAUGAACGACCACAAGCGGAAGGUAUCGGUAGAGAGUCACAGAGGCAUCGCAGGGAAAAGCGAAUCGCGCUAUCGGCACGAGAGCGCACUCGCUCUGGCAUCCACAUCGGGCAACAACAAAGCUGUGGCAUUAGCCGGGCCCAAGCGCACGUCUGGGCUGCAGGCACCCAUCAUGCAUCUAUCGGGUCACGCGGGCGACGUGACCUCCUGCCGGUUCUCGCCCACAGGCGAACACAUUGCGUCUGGCUCGGCAGAUGCGCGGGUAUUCCUGUGGAAUACGUAUGGUCGACUGCACAAACUACGGUGCGUGCUGGAGGUGCAGUGGAUGCCCAACGGCCGGCUGAUCACGGCCAGCGCCGACAAGACUGUGGCGGUCUGGGACACCCUGACCGGCGAGCGGCUGAAGCGGUCCAAGGGCCAUUCAGGAGCAGUCAAUGCUUGCUGCCCGCUCAACUUUGUAGCUGGCGACGAUAACCUGUAUGCCAGUGCAUCCGACGACGGAACAGUGAUGCUGUGGGAUGCCCGACAGCGGCAUGCGACUGCUGAAAUCGACCAUGACCUGCCACUGACAUCGAUUGCGGUAAACGGAAACACGGUGUAUGCUGGGUCGUUGGACAACAAUGUUACGGGCUGGGAUAUCCGGACCUUGGGUCAGUCGCUGGUGCUGCGCGGACACUCCGACACAGUGAUGGGGCUGACGACGUCACCCAAGACAGGGCACUACCUGCUGUCAACGUCGCUAGACAACACUGUGCGGCUCUGGGAUCUGCGGCCAUUCAGCAGCAAUGUGAACCGUUGCGAGCGCGUGUUCACAGGCGCUCCGCACGGGUACGAGCGGAAUCUGAUCCGCCCAGCCUUCGACAAGGACGAGACGUUGGUUGCAUCGGGCAGUGCUGACCGGACUCUGACGAUCUGGAAUAUGCGAUCGGGCGAGAUCAAAUACAAGUUGCCAGGGCAUAAGGGCAGCGUGAACCAGGCCGACUUCCACCCGUUGGAGCCUAUCGUGCUGUCGGGCAGUGUCGACAAGACCAUGUUCCUUGGAGAGAUAUAGUGUGUUGUUUUGCACCAAUAGCACUUGUGGUUAGAGUUGAAUGGGAUUUGCUAGGUACGUUUGAA